UAUCUCCUACAACAACACACACGGAUAUCUCUUUCUCUUUUCUCGUUCUCUUUCUUUGGUUUGGCUUCGGCUUUGGCUUUGGCUUUGGUUUUGGCUUCUCUCAAAUCCUCGAAAUUUUUUGUAUAUUCACUUACAAUGCUCUGUUGUUGAUCACACUUUCAUGUCUCACCCCACCAAACGCUUGGCCACCACCUUCCGUGCUCCGACCUCUUCCUCCUCCUCCUCCUCCUCUUCUGCUCCCCCAAUGAAGAAGACCAAGUCCCACGCCGUUUCCUGUUCUCUCGACCCAUCCAAGAAUGGCUUGCACCACCAUCCUCCUACUGCCACUCACGAUUUCGCCUCCCCCCAAGAUAACGACGUCGUUUUCGACCCCUCUUCUAUGGCCCUCGACGAAGAUCUCAAGCCCGAAGACCCCGCUGGUCGAGCCGUCGCCGCCAAUUUGUCCAGGAAGAAGGCCACGCCGCCGCAGCCCGCUAAGAAGCUCGUUAUCAAGCUCAACAAAGGAAAACCAAUGUUACCCACAAAUUUUGAAGAGGAAACAUGGGGAAAGCUGAAGUCAGCUAUUUGCGCUAUAUUCUUAAAGCAACCUGAUUCUUGUGAUCUAGAGAAGCUAUAUCAGGCUGUUAAUGAUCUAUGCCUUCAUAAGAUGGGGGGUAAUCUUUAUCGGCGGAUUGAAAGAGAAUGUGAAACACAUAUAGCUGCUGCAUUGCGAUCCUUGGUUGGUCAAAGCCCAGAUUUGGUGGUUUUUCUAUCACUUGUUGAGAGAUGCUGGCAGGAUCUUUGUAACCAAAUGUUGAUGAUCCGUGGUAUAGCUCUAUAUCUAGAUAGAACAUAUGUGAAACAAACACCAAAUGUCCGUUCAUUAUGGGACAUGGGCUUGCAGCUUUUCCGCAAGCAUCUUUCUUUAUCUCCAGAAGUAGAACACAAGACUGUUACUGGCCUUUUAAGAAUGAUCGAAAAAGAACGAUUAGGUGAAGCAGUGGAUAGAGCACUUCUUAACCAUCUUCUGAAGAUGUUUACUGCAUUAGGAAUUUACUCAGAAAGCUUUGAGAAACCAUUUCUUGAGUGUACUUCUGAAUUUUAUGCUGCGGAAGGCAUGAAAUACAUGCAGCAAUCGGAUGUUCCAGAUUACUUAAAGCAUGUGGAGACAAGGUUACAUGAAGAACAUGAGAGAUGCUUGCUCUACCUGGAUGCUAGUACAAGAAAGCCAUUAAUAGCAACUGCUGAAAAGCAACUACUUGAACGCCAUAUAUCUGCUAUUCUUGACAAGGGGUUCAUGUUGUUGAUGGAUGGAAAUCGUAUUGAGGACCUUAAAAGGACGUACAAUCUCUUAUCUAGGGUUAAUGCUCUUGAAUCUCUAAGGCAAGCUCUUAGCUCAUACAUCCGGAAAACAGGCCAGGGCAUUGUCAUGGAUGAAGAGAAAGAUAAAGAUAUGGUAUCAUGCCUUUUGGAUUUUAAGGCUUCUCUUGACACAAUAUGGGAAGAAAGCUUCUACAAGAAUGAAGCGUUUUGCAAUACCAUAAAGGAUGCUUUCGAGUAUCUGAUUAAUUUGCGUCAGAACCGGCCUGCUGAACUGAUUGCAAAGUUUUUGGAUGAGAAACUUCGUGCUGGGAAUAAAGGUACCUCUGAAGAAGAAUUGGAAGGCACCCUCGACAAAGUCUUGGUCUUAUUCAGGUUUAUACAGGGCAAGGAUGUAUUUGAAGCCUUCUACAAGAAAGAUCUUGCAAAGAGGCUGCUUUUGGGGAAGAGUGCUUCUAUUGAUGCAGAGAAGUCUAUGAUCUCUAAGCUGAAAACCGAGUGUGGAAGUCAAUUUACAAACAAACUUGAGGGAAUGUUUAAGGAUAUUGAGUUAUCAAAAGAGAUAAAUGAGUCCUUCAAACAAUCAUCCCAAGCAAGGACGAAACUUCCAUCAGGGAUUGAGAUGAGUGUUCAUGUCCUAACCACAGGGUACUGGCCAACAUACCCUCCCAUGGAUGUUAGACUGCCUCAUGAACUGAAUGUGUAUCAGGACAUUUUCAAGGAGUUUUACUUGAGCAAGUACAGUGGACGACGUUUGAUGUGGCAAAAUUCACUGGGUCACUGUGUAUUGAAAGCUGAGUUUCCUAAAGGCAAAAAGGAGCUUGCAGUUUCUCUUUUUCAGACUGUUGUUCUGAUGCUGUUUAAUGAUGCUGAGAAGCUAAGCUUUCAAGAUAUUAAAGACUCCACAGGCAUUGAGGAUAAGGAACUAAGAAGAACUUUGCAGUCCCUUGCUUGUGGAAAGGUUCGAGUCCUUCAAAAGUUGCCCAAAGGGAGAGAUGUGGAGGAUGAUGAUUCAUUUUUGUUCAAUGACGUAUUUACUGCUCCUCUCUACCGUAUCAAGGUAAAUGCAAUCCAGAUGAAGGAAACAGUAGAGGAAAACACAAGCACCACCGAAAGAGUAUUCCAAGACCGACAAUAUCAGGUUGACGCUGCUAUUGUUCGGAUAAUGAAAACUAGGAAAGUGCUAAGUCACACACUUCUGAUUACUGAACUCUUCCAACAGCUCAAGUUUCCAAUUAAACCGGCUGAUUUGAAGAAGAGGAUCGAAAGCCUCAUCGACAGAGAGUACCUAGAGCGGGACAAGAGCAACCCACAAAUUUACAACUACUUGGCAUAAUCAAACCUUUUUUUUUCUUUUCUUUUUGGCUCUUGUAAAUGACACUGGAGGAGGGCUUCUGUCAUCAGAAGGAGGCAGAAUGUGCAAUUCCUUGUCGGAUUAAUGUACAGUGAUCGUCCUAGUUUUUCAUUUUUGAUGAGAUUGUUACUUGUUGUAAAUUAUAUUCAGUUUUUUUUUUCUUCCAAUUUAUAUUCCUUUCAUGGAGUUUGAUUUUCA